AUGCUGCACUCCUGCCACUGGGUACUCCCGGAGCCCCCUGUGGAACCACUGGCGGAAAACGAGCCAACAGCUGCAUCAGCAACCCCACCACUAAGUCAUGACCAGGAGCCAGAAGCGCCACCCCCACCCGGAGCAGCCCCGCUCCCAAACCAAACUAGCAUCCCACUGGCCUCACCCACCAUGGAUACUUACUGGGUCACCGACGCAGUCGCCACACUAGGCGCCACACUCUCUCCCGAAUCCGCCGGAAUACCACGACCUCGGCCCCGGCCUCCACAGCCUCAAGUACCGCGCCCUCUCGCGCUACAACCUCUAGCUAUUCAGUCCAUCUCACUCAUGGAACCAAAAAGAGUACACUAG